GUCGAUGGUCAGUCUGCACACCCGGGCACUCUGCACUCUUUUCUUCUCCUCUUCCGUUCUCUCUCUCUCUCUCUCUUCCUGCCCUCACGCGCAUACGCGGAUACAUCCACAUUCAUCUCUGCCUUCCUCCCUCGACACUGUUCUUACCAUAUCCUACUGCUAUCCAUACUGCUCCUCCACAGUUCCUGUAAUCAUCACUCCUUCUCUCCAUCACCGCAACUUCAUCUUCUUUUUACUUCGACGCUCAUUUUUUCUGUUCAUAUCCCAUUCUCCUGUGCAUAUCCACAUUCUGUCGCAUACCACCUCCACCAGCACACCUCCGUAUACGCCUUUCUUUGUCCCUUCGCUGAAUACCAUUUAACGGCUGCGACCUACCGACAUCGUCUCUCUCUCUUUCUCUGUAUAAAAUAACCACACUCCCUCCGACCAACACACACCACCGCAAUGUACAAGCAAAGCAGUGCUCGCGUUAGGCUGUUGGGAACAACCGCCUGCCUGUUCAUUGUCUUCUUACUCGCCAUGAUCAUCAUGGGCUCCAUCGGCAUCAACGGCAACUAUACACAUGCGAACGGCGACAGCGGAUGUUUUCUCUACAUGACCAUGGAUGGCAAAGUGCCCUCCUUUAACAGCACGUACUGUCAGUUCCCAGUGAUUGGUGCCGGCAUUGUCAGUGUCUUUGCAGUUCUUUUCCUCGGCUACUGGGCCGCGGUCGUACAGCGCUAUGAUGAAUUCGCUCCCACCAUCGUCUCUAAGAUCUUCAUGGGCUUCAGUGUCCUCUUGGCCGUGUUCGCAUUUUCGAUCUGUGGCGAGUUGGGUAUCGGACUCAAUAUUGGCUGUCGCUCCGUUACCUCGGGCCAGGGCCUGAGCAAGUGCCAGUCUACAGUGGAUAGCUUCCAAGCACUCAACACUGCACAAGUGUCUGCGGGUCUGAUGGGAGGCUUCUUGCUGGUCGCCUUCACCCUUGAACUUAUCCAGUACAAGAAUUUGCCAGAAUACGACACGGAUCCAUACAAUACUCAGGAGGCAUACGCCCACCAGAACCCAUCCACAUCCGAAUACCAGGCAUAGGCGUCCUUUCGAGGCCCUACACGCCAUGAUCAUCCACCUACUACGUUAACGAACCCAUGUCAUAUGUACCAAUGUCUAUAGUCUCCUCAAAUUCCCUCACUAGUGUAUGUCUAUGCAAAAUAAAUCCAUUAUCUCUUAGCAUCUUAGCAUUUCAGCACAUUCAGGCGAAGUGUG